AUGACCUGGGCAUUCAUGUCAUGCAUGACUCUGCAGGUGAUGAGCCAACCCCUGCCCAGCAGGGUGCCCAGCCUGGAGGAGAUGGACAAGUACAAGUCGGCAGGCGGCCACGUGUCCUACCUCAACAAUCUGGCUGACAAGACGAUUGGCUGCUAUCUGGCAUCGGUUUCCAUUGAGGACACCAUUGAGAUCCUGAUCAUUGGCAAGAUGAAGGGGCUGCACCACCGUGCAAAAUUUACCCUGCCUGAGCCUACCAAGACACUCGCCAUCAAGGACUACCCCUUGACCAUGUUUGAUAAAGUACACUCUGGGAAAGGUUUUCACCCGUAA